AUGAAUUUUGAUGAAAAUGAAGGGGACCCAUAUGCCGAUUUCGAUGAGUACGAUCCAAAUUUCGACACCCAGGCUCUCCAGCUAGACACAGCAUUCCAGGCAGCCGUUGAAAACACUCGCGACAAGAGACCUCCCCCGACAGCUGCCAGAUUGAAAACAGGGGUGAAAAAGGGAUUCUUAGUGCCCCCAUCAUCAAUGGGUGUUCGACCCAUUACGGGGUCUGUUGAUGCAAGUGGAGCACGGCCUAUGACGGCCGUCAGGGCAGCCGGAUACACCAAGGGUUGUUCAGAUGUGAGGCUGGUCUCUGGAAAGGCCCCACCGGUCGUCCUCAAGAAAAAAACUCUUGAUACCCCCGAAGAAAAAGUGAAAGAUCUUGAAAGGACCAUCAACAAACUCAUAAACGAAAGCUGCAUGGCCAACUCAAAGAGGGAUUAUCAAAUCGCCCUGGAGAAAGCAUACGAAGCAGAAAGGAAAGAAAAAUUAUUAGUAGAUCUAAAGAAACGCUUGAUACCAAACAAUGAACAAGUCAAUUUAGAUCUCAAUUACGCUGUGAAAUUCAAUUUAGCCAAUCAGCAGGCGGCUAACAACAUGGACAAUGAAGCCAUUGCUACUUUCCAGUCACUGGUCAAAAAUAAAACUUUCAGUCAUUCAGGUCGUUUGAAGGUCAACAUAGGGAACAUUCACUUCAAGAUGCGUCAAUAUGACAAGGCGGUGAAAUUUUACAAGAUGGCUCUGGACCAGGUCUCCAACGAAUACAAGAACAUGAACACGAAGAUCAAGCAGAACAUCUGCGUGGCGUACGUGAAGAUGAACAUGUACCAAGACGCUGCCACUGUCCUCGAACUCAUCAUGGAUCAGGAGCCGACCUUCAAGACGUCCUUCAACUUGACCUUGUGUUACUACCUGCUGAACGACGCGGACAUGAUGAAGCGGACCUUCGAACGUAUGUUGACCUUGGAAUCGAGUUUCAAGGUCGACGAGGAUAAAUACGCUGCUUCCUCUGAUGACAAGCAGCAUAAUUUUCUGUUAGAAGCCAUCAGAGAUGAUGAACUACGCAAGAUGGAAAAGGACAAGACAGGAGAGGCGGAGUCAUGUUUGAUGAUGGCUGCCAAGAUCAUAUCUGGGUCAAUCUCUACGUCUUACGCGGCCGGCUAUGAUUGGUGCAUUAAUCAGGUCAAAAGUUCGACGUACAUGAAUUUGGCUCAUGACCUGGAAAUCGAUAAGGCAAUUGGUUUCUUGAAGCAGAAGGACUUUCAACAGGCCAUAGAAACUUUGAAAUCGUUUGAAAGGAAAGACCCGAAAGUGGCUUCUGCAGCUGCAACCAAUCUCUCGUUCCUCUACAAUCUGGAGAACGAACUGAAACUGGCGGACAAAUACGCCGAAGUAGCUCUCCACGUCGACAGAUACAACCCUUCAGCUCUAGUAAACAAGGGCAACGUCCUCUUAAAAAAGGGUGACCUAGAAAAAUCUAUAAUGUAUUACACUGAGGCACUUGACACGGAUAGGUCGUGCGUCGAAGCCCUGUACAAUCUCGGUCUGACCAAUAAGAGAUUGGGAAGAUUAGAGUUAGCGUUGGAUUGCUUCACGAAGUUACAUUCCAUACUGAAGUCCCAUCCGCAAGUUAUGUUCCAGCUAGCUGAUAUAUGUGCACAAAAGGGCGAUAUUGACCAAGCGAAAGAAUGGUUAAUGCACGUGAAUAGCAUGGUCCCGAGUGACCCGAUUGUCAUUCAGAGGUUGGCAGAAAUAUUUGAAGGUGAGAACGACAACAUUCAAGCACUGCACUACUAUUCGGAAUCCUACAAAUUCGAUCCGACCAACAUCAACACUCUGGAGUGGAUGGGAAGUUAUUUCAUUGAGAGUCAGGUGCCCGAGAAUGCUAUUCAAUAUUUCGAGAAAGGAGCUUAUUUACAACCGGGCCAAGCAAAGUGGCCGCUAAGAAUAGCCAGUUGCUACAGGAAGAUUGGAAGCUAUCAACAGGCCUUGGAACUCUAUAAGCACGUACAUAGGAGGUUUCCUGAUAAUAUUGAAUGUUUGAAGAUCCUUACAAAAUUCUGCGUUGACAUGGACCUGAAAGAUGCCAAAUUUUACACCGACAAACUGAAGGAAGCUGAAAAAUCCCACCAACUCAGGGAAGAGAGAGCAAGUAGUGGCCGACAGAGAAGCGCCAAGUUUAGGCACGAUAAUGAGGCAGGAGGAAAUGACUCCCGCCAAUCAAGCGGAAGCCUCCGAAGCUCCGACCAAUCACGUAAGAACAGUGCCAACUCCAGAGUCAAUCAGAAACCGCCGACGAACGAUGGCACAUAUUCUGAUCCGCUGGGACCGCAAAUUGAAAGGCCGAGAACGGCAGCCAGAAGGCACGAACAACAGGUAGCAGACGACUUCGAAGAUGAGGAAAUCGGCGACGACCUACUUCCGGAAUAA